AUGGAUGCUGCAUCUCACGGACUCAGUCAGGCGGCUGGCCCGUCCUCACACCUCGGCGGCAUCACCGCUGCUCUCGAUCGGCUGACAACACACGCGGCUGCCCUCCCGCCCAAGUCGGACCUCAGCUUCCACCGGACUCUCGAUCGGAAGUUCGCCAAGUCUGUCGAUGGGACCAGCAAUCGAUUGCUCGGGCUUACGGAGCAGCUGUUGACGCUCGUAGAGGGGGAUACGAGCCGGCCGAAGGCUGGUGUCAAGGGCAAGGGGAGGAGCAAGCUGGCGGAUGAGCAGGAUGCGGUGGAGGGGUUCAGGCGGAGCGUUGGGAAUGUGAUUGACGGGCUGCUGGAGGAUGCUGUGAGCUUCAAGCUGCAUGACUCGCGGCUGGACGAUGUCUCUGGUCAGAAGAAGAAGGCCGCGAUCCAGAUAGACCCCCGCAUGGCCGCCGCUGCCUCACGGAAGCUUCCCGGCCCCUUUGCUCCCUAUCCCGCUGGCAAAAAUGGCCAAGGUCGACUCGCAUACGACCUCAUGUUUGCCGACGUCGACAAGCCGCAGCUCCUCUUCCCCGACGCGCCCAAUACCGCUCACAACCAACCCUGGACCCCUACCCUCGCUACCAAACCCCACUCCAUGGUCCCGCUCGACCACCCCAUAUCUACCGCCGGCCUCCUCUCCCCCACUUCCGCCGCAGAUAUCAAAGAGGCUGAACUCCGGAAACGAAAAAUCCGGGAGAGGGAACACCCGUACUGGUAUGAAACGCAGCACCUGCCGUACCCUACCCGGAUGUUCGAGGUGGCCGCUCCUAUCCCGCCGGUCGAGAUGGAGGAUUGCCCGUUGGUAUUUGUGAAUACGCCAGAGACGCUGGAGGAGAUGGUUGGGUACUUGAGGGAAGCCAAGGAGAUUGCGGUGGAUCUGGAACAUCACUCGACAAGGUCGUAUUUUGGCUUUACGUGCUUGAUGCAGAUCUCAACGAGGGAGAGGGAUUGGGUCGUGGAUACGUUGAAGCUGAGAGGGGAGAUUCGGGAAGGAAAGUUUGGGGAUGUCAUGGUGGACCCCAGUAUCGUCAAGGUCUUUCACGGUUCAGAUUCGGACAUCCUCUGGCUGGAGCGGGACUUUGAUAUCUACAUCGUCAAUCUGUUUGAUACAUAUCAUGCUACAAUGGUCUUGAACUUCCCCUCGCACUCGCUUGCCUCCCUCCUCGCCCGGUACUGCUCUGUCACCGCCGACAAGCGCUAUCAAAUGGCCGAUUGGCGUAUCCGACCCCUCCCGCAAGCGAUGAUCGACUAUGCGCGAUCUGACACCCACUACCUUCUCUACAUCUACGACCACCUUCGCAAUGCCCUGCUCGAGAUGUCUUCCAGACCCUCCACUCCCCAGCCUGGACCGUCCGCAGACGCUUCCACACCAGCGCAGGACGCUCUACGGAAGAGCCUCCGACAGAACCCCCAAGCGGCGCUCAGGCAGGUAUUGGAAUUAUCGGCGGAAACGGCGAUGAAAAUGUAUGAGCGGGACGAAUACCAGACGGAUGGGCGGGGAUCGGGCGGAUGGAAAAGUCUCCUCAAGAAGAGUCUGCCGCCUGAUAGUGAGGAUACGAUCGAGGCGGCGGUGAUGAUUGCGUUGCACAAGUGGCGGGAUGAUGUUGCGAGGAGGCUGGACGAGUCGCCAUUCUGGGUCAUGCCGACCGAUAUCAUCCGCCAAAUCGGUAUUCUUCGGGUUCCGAAACGCGACUUGAUUGCGCGAAUACUUCACGCCAAGAAGAUGCUCGCGAAGGAUAUGGCGGAUGAUGUACUCCAGGUGGUCGUUGCGGCUCGGAAUGAGUGGACCGCCAACCCGCCGGCACCGAAGGAGAAGACUGCCACAACGGAUCAAGGUCGGCGGAAUCCACCUCCGGCCGAAAGACAAGCCCCACCGUCUACCUUCUCGAGACCCUCCCCCGUGGAUUCGCUCUGGGCCUCGCUGGAAGCUGUCCAGCCAGCCUCCAAGCCAAAGUCCCAAUCGGCCCUCUUUGGAAACACCGUCCCCGCUCGCCGAUCCCCAUCUCCUCCCGCCCGACCCAAGUCUUCCCUCUUCGGCUCGACAAUGCCCGCACAGCGUCCGACCAAACAGGCUUUCGGGCUGAAGAAGCGGGAAAUGUCGCCUUCGUUCGAUCUCGUCAGUCGGCGUAUCGCGGAGGAGAUCCAUCCCGGUUCGGCGGCGGCAACAGGGGACGAGGAUAUGGGCGAGGCGACACUGCAGCCCGAGACUGUACCGUUUGUGCCUGCUGCGAAGCGGACGGGGUUCACGGCGCUCAAGGAGAUUGCGGCGGCAUCCCGGGCCAAGGUAGCGGCGGAGAAGGCAGCGCAGCGGGCGCCGAGCCCAGUUGCUGGCGGAGCAAUGUUGGCGGAGGCGGAGGGGUCAUCUUCGGCGGCUCCGAUCAAGCCGGCGCACAAGUCCAGGGACGAGAUCGUCCAGGUCAAGCGGCAGAGGAAGAAGCCGGCCGCCAAAGCUGCAGCUGCUUCCACCUCGGCCACCGGUACACCUUCGGCCCCGUCGACAUCCCAGUCUGGUACCGUCGACGUGGACACUACCGCGCCCAAAAAGGUCAAGAAGCCAAAAUCGAAGCCGGCCGCACAUGGGGAUAUCCCCGUCUUUGACUAUGCGACAGAAGGGAAUCUGCUGGAUCAGCCGAACGCGCCUCCACGGGCGGGUGACGAGGACGGGCCGAAAAAGAAGAAGAAGAAGAAGGAUAAGCCAAGGCCUCUUGAUGCGCCUCCUCCAGUGAUGAUCCAGACUCCGGACUUUGGGAAGAUGCCGAGGGAUAUGUCGCAGCCUAAAGCAGGAGCAAAGUCGAGGACUUUUACUUGUUGA